CCUUGGAGGUGGCGCGGAUUUUCGGUUGGGGCUGAGCGGUGAGGCCUACGCUCGGGCCCCCGGGGUCGCCUUGUUCUCAUCCACCCGUCGGCCCAACUGUACCUUACUGGACUCCGCUCUCUCUCUCUCGUCACUAAAUACGGCUUGCGGAUCCCCAGGCUGGAGUUGGAGCGAGUCUGGAGCCCAGUCCCGGCGCCGCUGAUCUCUCCAUCUCGGUGUAAAAACGCCGCUCGCCGUUUGGAGUAGGCAACAGGCCCAGGCCCCAGCCCCAGGGCUGAGGCUGUUCAGCCGAGGAAUCUUUCCUCCCAUUGGCUGGCUUGUGUUCCUCUCUGCCUCAGGAAUGGCUCAGCAAGUCGUCGAUGUAGAUAUGCAGCCAGAGGAGGAAACUGUUCCAACACAACUGAAUCUCGAUGACUCGGCUUCGAUGCCAACAGGGGAGGGCCCUAGUACUGCACCCCUUGGCGAAGAGUUAAGAGCACUGCCUGGAAAUGAGGCCCCUUCAACUGCUCACAGUGGCGGGCUGGAAGCAGCGUUACUCACUGAGGAACUUCAAAGAUUGCAAGGGGCACUGAGAACUGUGGCCCAGCACUUUUCCCUUGGACAGAGACCUGGACACCAGCGCAGGCAGUUGAGGAGGAAUGGUCGCCGUCAGCCAGGGACAAGUGUUUCCCAGAGAUCUUCUUCAUCCAGAUCUGGAGCUCUAGACAACUACUUCCGUGUUAACAGGCAGCAGCACACAGAAUCGGUUAGGUCAGCAGCUGAAUACGGAGAUGAGAUGAGCAGCGAAGAUUCGAGUACCGAUCUGAGCACUGAUCUCAGUGAGUCGGAGGAGAGCGGCAGCACCACAGAAAUAGAGGAUGAAUAUGAGGGCGAUGAGUCUGCAGCAGCUUCGUCAGCUCCUGCUAGUGCUCCAACCCCGGUUAAUCCCUCACCAGCUCAGGUUGUCGAGGCUGGAGAUUCACAAUCUGUGCAUCAAGAGCAGGACAGUACGACCUUGCAUUCAGAAGACAAUUUGAAUGUGAAAGAAGAUGCAGCACGUGCCAAAGACACCAAGCCAGCCUUUGAUGAUGAAGGGAAUACGUGCUCAAUCUGCUUUGAGCCAUGGACGAAUGCAGGAGAACACCGUCUUGUUACUCUGCGGUGUGGUCACCUCUUUGGCUAUACCUGCAUCGAUCGGUGGCUGAGGAAACAAGGAGGAAAAUGUCCACAGUGUAAUAAGAAGGCUAAGCGGUCAGAUGUGGUGGUGCUGUAUGCCCCAACCUUGAAAGCUGUGGACACCAGUGAGCAAGAACGAUUGAAGAGUGAUCUGGAGAAGGAGCAGGUGAUGCGUCGGAAAGCAGAGCUGGAAUCUGCUCAGUGUCGCCUCCAACUACAGUUCCUGACAGAAGAGUGCAGCAAAUUACGUAAACAGCUGCAGGAGCUGAGAUGCCUGAUUGCUAAGCAUGGUCCAAGUGCUUCUCAAGGUCCUUCCAGUUCCAGUAAUUCCCUAACUGGCCAUAUCACUUCCAGUCAGAGUCAGUCCAAGUACCAGUUUGAAAAAGGCAUCAUUGUUUCGCAGAGUGGGAACUGUCGAGUCAUGGCAUACUCCUCCUUGAUGAGCUGUCUUGUUGUGUCCCAACCUUCUCCUCAGACAACUCUCCUACCUGGAUGUGGUGUGAAGAAGAUAAGUGGGGUGAACUUCCGCAGCACUCAAUACGUACCUAUCCAUUCCAAACAGAUCAGAGGUCUGGCAUUCAGUGACCACUCCGACAGUAUCCUCCUUUCUGCAUCUCUGGACAAUACUGUCAAAUUAACCAGCCUGAUGGCCAAUACGGUGGUUCAGACUUACAACACUGGCCGCCCUGUCUGGAGCUGCUGCUGGUGUUCAGAUGACACAAACUACAUCUAUGCUGGGCUGAUAAAUGGUUCCAUUUUGAUAUAUGACAUGAGGGAUACGACAACCCACGUCCAGGAGCUUCCAUCACAGGGUUCUCGAUGUCCUGUGACUUCACUGUCCUACCUCCCACGUAUGGCUUCUGCAGCAUUUCCAUGCGGUGGUCUGUUGGCUGGCACUCUGGAAGGGGGCUGCUUCUGGGAGCAGAAAUCUACAAACACAUACAAGGCACACUUGCUGCCGCUGGAAGUUGGAAGCUGCACAGAUAUACAGAUUGAACCCACGAUGCGGCAUUGUCUUGUUACUUACAGGCCAAAUAAAACCCAUAGUUCUUUACGGUGUGUUAUGAUGGAACUGUCAAGCACUCCUUCCCCAGACUCAUUGGAGAACCUGAUUUGUACAUGUUACCCAGUCCAGACAUUCAAUGCAGGCCCUACUUGUAAACUGCUUACUAAAAAUGCCAUUUUCACAAGUCCUGAGAAGGAUGGCAGCGUCUUAGUGUGUGCUGGGGACGAGGCAACCAACAGUGCUAUGGUGUGGAAUGCAGGGAACGGAUCACUCAUCCAGAAGCUUCAAGCCGAUCAGCCUGUACUGGAUAUCUGCCCCUUCGAGGUGAAUCACAUUAAUUUCUUGGGGACUCUGACAGAAAAAAUGGUUAAGAUCUACAAGUGGGCCUGACGGGACUCGUGCUUGCUGUCACCGACUCACUAAGACUGGAAAUCUGUGGCCCAAUUCUGGUGCUGUUGUAAGUCAAUUGCUGUACAGGAUCUGGCUAGGAAAUGAAACACCUUUUUGUUCAAACAAGCCCAAUUAUUCUCAGUUUGGGCUUGAUUUAUGUGGCUGCCCUACUCAAGUUGUCUCCUGAUAAUCCACCAACUGCCCCUUUUAUUGUAAACUCUGGCCUUUUAUUUAAAUGUAAUUACUGGUCGUCUCAUGAUUCCAAAGAUUUGCUCAUUUCUGUUGAAUGCUUACCCUUCUUGUCAUUAUUUGUGAUAUUUCCAGGGAGACUAUCUUUGAAUAAAAAUCAAUGCCUAGGUAUUUUGUUCAGCUAUUUUUCCUCUUUGAUAGAUUCACAUCUGGCAUAUGCUGCUUUUCAUUUGGUUUUGAUAGCCUAUCUGUUAACAAUUACUAGUAACCACUAAGUGAUCUAUAGUAACCCCUCCACCCUUGUGUAGAUUCUUUUCCUCCUCCCAUUGUCUGGGAGUAGGGAGAGCUGACCUUCUAAUCUUUCCUUUUACUGACUUUGGUGAUAAGUUAACAAAGCUCAAAUACCAACAGUGAUUCAUUGGGCCAAUGUGUUAUUACUGCUGUGGGCUGGUCCAUUGCACUGCCACUUGGAGCCACCUUUUGUUUUAAAUCCCCCUGUAAAUGUCUGUUUGGUAGUGGAAUAGAGAGAGUUCCAGCCAGUGAACCACAGCAAAUUUGCAGAGGAGUAUUGAGGUCACAGGCCAUAUACUGUGUAUUGCCUUAACCUCUUUUUAUUUUCUUGGAGUGUCUGGUUUUUGCUUCAGUUUCAUUGGGAAUCAGAGAUUCACGUUUAAAAAAAAAAAAAAAAAUUUUUGCCUUGCGAUAUAGAAAUAAAUAUGACAUUGAAUAAUUCUUAGUUGAGGGAGGGGUCAAUGACUGAGUUUGUACAUCCAAAAAAGAUUGAGACUUGAGGGCUGAGACCUGCUAGUCUAAUUUAUUGCAGAAAACAUUGCCCAGUGGAUUGCUGGUGAGGGUUUUUGAAAGAUUAUUGCCUAGAAUUGUGACUGUGAACCUGAAUGGAAAGUGUGCAUGUGCUACUUGUGUGCAAUUAAAACUUUCAUAAUGUACAUAAGUGUAAUUUUAUUACUAUCAGUUUGAAAUAAAAAAAAGAAAUCUUAUUAUUCUCCUUUUGCACACCAGCUGGUUCUUAUUUGACAACUGAAUAUUAACAGCACUUCUGUAUUGUAGCCUAUAAUAUCAGCAAGAUCCAUGGCACACACCCAUGUUUUCAACUGGGCUUUUAUCAUUUUCCACUUCAUGCAAUGUUUGCUGGAGUUAAAGUUUUGCGGGCGUCUAUUGCAGCCAAAAAUCUGUUACAUUUACCAUAUUGGAAACUUUCUUUACUAUUUUCUGUGUGAAUUUUUUUUGUGUUCAUUACAGUAAAGUUAGUUUAAUAUUUAUUUCAUGAUUGACUAGGCUGUUAAUCCUACUGAGGCUGAUGUUAAAAUGGCUAUUAUUCACAAGGCACUUAAGAUUUCAGAUAUUUGGUAACAGGUGAAGAGAAUAUUUGGGGAUAUAAAUAAGCUUUUGAGGAUUGCAAAGGAAGUGACACCUGGAACAUCCCCACUUAGUUUAACCAAGUAGUCUUAUUUUCGGAUGAUGCUGGUUUUCUUUGAGAGGUGAUGGCCAAGUGAGUGUUAUUAUUGCUAGACUAUUAAUCCAGAAACUCAUCUAAUGUUCUGGGAACCUGGGUUCAAAUGCCAUCACACACAUGAUGGAAUCUGAUUCACUAAAAUAAAUCUUGAAUUAAUGAUGA